UUGUGUUUGAAAAUAAAACUUGUUUUGUGUGAAAAAAUUUUGUCAUAAUUAUUUCACGUUUUCUUCCGUAAAUGCGAAAAGAAGAGACUAUUUCUAUUAUUUAAUCGUUAUACUAAAAAGACGAGAUUACUAUGUUUCGCAAUAUUGAGGAUUUCGAUAUGGAGGUGUUCGAUAAUUCCGGGAACAACCUUGCUGAAUACCUGUUGGCGAAGAGGAAGAAGAAGGUGACCAAACUCUUCAAGGAUCCCGUGAACGGAAAAAGUGAGGUUGUGCAAGUCAAGUACAUAAAGAAAAAGGCGCCGCCAGCGGCUUCGUACCAUCGUCCAGAGGGUCCAGAGGGUCCAGAGAGUCCAGAGGGUCCAGAGCGUCCAGUAGUGAUGACAUCACCAGGUUCAUCUACAAAUGGAACCUUGAAUUUCGCUCCCGGCACUACGAGCACUCCAUUUCCGACACAGAGAAAGUCGAUUACCAGACGGAGGGUAGAUUCUUUGCCGCGCCGAACUUCAAUACUUACAAAGAUUCCGGAGCAAGAUCCCCCAAAUCCGAUAUUUACAGAAUACGAUAGGAGAUCCGAGAAGUCCAUGAUUGCCAGCCGACAAUCUGCUUCGAGACAAUUAACUAAAGCGACUCUUCCAACUCACUUUGGGUCACUGUCAUCGUUCUCUUCACCAGAGCAUUCUAACAGUGACAAUGACAUGCCCGAUGCUUUGCCAGUUUCACCUGCUGCUCAGGAACCUGAAGAAGAAGCCUCACAACCCAUAUAUACUUUAGAUCUUCCAAAUGAUGUGGACGACGACGUGGUAGUGUAUGAUGAGGUGGAAGAAGUGAUAAUCGAGCUGACGUCUGAUGAAGAAGACAAUGAAUUGCAUGAUUUUCCACAGCCUCAGACAAAUUUGGGAUCUCUGAAGAUGGACAUUUCUGAAACGAUGGCUAAGACUCCUGCAGCGAAUGGCAGGCAAAGUCAGAAGACGAUCAUGAAUGUUGUGUCAGUGGCUCACGACAGGAGCUGCAAUAGUUCCCGUAACGAUGAUGCCACGAUAGUUCCUCAGAAUAUUGACCGAGCGAAUUUGGAGGCUACUGAAGAGGGAUCCACGGGAUCCAACAAACAGAGGAUUGAAGCGUCAAAUGACGCAACUUCUGGAUUUGUAGACUGCAGCUCUAAGCGCGACACAGUUUCCAGACAUCCAAGAGAGAAUAUCCUCAAGCAAUUUACGACGAAUAUUUCAGCGAUUGCGGAAGCUUCCGAGAGGAACACGAUUCAUCGAUUGAGGAAUUCCAAAAUCAAUAAUACAACUGACCAACGUACUACCACAAUUACUACCACGAGUGAUUCUGGCAUUUUUAAGGUUCCAUCUCUGACGGUGAAGGAGUUGAAGAGAACUAAAAGAAAGAAGAAGACGCUGGAUUCGCCUGUGCGGAGAAUAAUUCAGCUGGAGAAAGAUAUUCGUACAUCUGUUCCAAGAGCCGCAGGAGCAUCUAUGCGAAAGCUCUACUCGCACAGGAACAGUCAAGAUGAGGAUGUGACAGAAAAUACGGUGGUGAACAGUCAAUGGGAACCAGAGCCUGAACAUUCAGAGGAUGAGAUCGUCCGUGACGUGAUUCCCUCAGUCGAUCAAGAGAUGGAUCUGCCACAGUGCGCGGUGAUUGUAGAUCGCCUAACAGUACUGCCACCGAUGGAGAAGAAAAGGAGUCAAAAGAGGAAGAAGGAGAAAGCAGAAGUCAUCCCACAGAAUGAGUUUAACUUGAGACGCUCUAGACGACAAAAGUGUACACCAAUGCCUUAUUGGCUCACCGGUUCGUCUCGAUACCAGACCUUGAAGGUGCAAACGUACAACGAGGAGGUGCCGCUAAAGGAGCGCUAUGCGAAUGCUGAUCCGAGUGAAGAAACACCUGUGUUCAAAAGUGAUUUCACCCUCUUGAUCGAGGAGAAGAAGCGUAGAAGGAAGAAACAAGAAGAGAGGGACAAGAAGAAGCAGAAGCCGAACACAGAGUUGGAUGUUGCGGAGAUCGAGGAGCCACAGCCAACAAAAACAAAGGAAAAGCCGAAGAAGAAGAGGCCACAGAAUACCAGGGAUGAUGAAGACUCGGCUGGUCGAAGCAAAGCCAUUCCUGCGAUGAGUCAGGAUGAAAUUUUCAAUCAACUGCGGGAUGAGGACAAUAACCCAAAAAUUGCAGAAGUGUUUGAUUUCAAGUCAAAAGUUCAUGUCUACAUGAAGAAGGAAUCAGCUGUGCCUGGCAUUGAUUUUUAUGUGAGUCAAAUGUCUGAAGCCUGCGGGUUUAUGGUGUUCAAGCCAGGAACAAGAAAGAAGAGAUGUCGUGUGACGUCAGAGAAAUGCUACUUGGUCGUCACGCGAGGAUCAUUUGAGGCGGAAGUGGACGGCGUCAGAAGGCAAACGACAGACAAAUCAGUCAUAAUCAUCCAUAAGGACAUGAAAUAUGCGCUUUAUUAUGGAGCAGAAAACACAAUGCCAGGAGAAAUUACUUUUUUAAUGAUCUAACACCUAAUUUGCAUAUAUAUUUAGCGAUAUCAUUUUAAUUCACAUUUGGCAAGGGAUUGAAAUUUAUAGGGCAAGAAGCAAGAUAAUUAUGAGUCUAAAUCGUUUAAAUAAUAAAUGUGUAAUGAUAUAA